UGAAGAAACAAAAACUGUGGGAGUUUGAUCAUGAUGAUGAGGAUAUUUUGAAACUAACCUUUCACAUUCAUGCCAUGUCUUCUAGAAGAGCAUUCUUGAAGCCAUGGAGAUUCUCUUCCUUAAACCAUUGGUGUUGGUCACCUGCUUCGUUGGACUCUUCUCCUAUCACCAUCCAGCCACCUCUUCAAGUGGGAAAAAAUCCAGCUCCAAAAAAACAAAUUUCAUAAUAAUUUUAGCCGAUGAUCUUGGAUGGGGAGACCUUGGUGCCAACUGGGGCAAACGAAAUGACACUCCCAACUUAAAUAAGAUGGCAAUGGAAGGAAUGAGAUUUGUAGAUUUCCAUUCUGCUGCAUCCACCUGCUCCCCCUCUCGUGCCUCUCUGCUUACAGGACGUCUUGGCCUGCGCAAUGGAGUGACCCACAAUUUUGCUGUGACAUCAGUGGGUGGCCUCCCAUUGAACGAGACAACAUUAGCUGAAGUUCUGAAGGAAGCCGGCUACCUCACUGCUGUGAUAGGUAAAUGGCACUUAGGACACAGUGGUCUUCAUCAUCCGAAUUUUUGUGGAUUUGAUUAUUACUUUGGGAUACCCUACAGCCAUGAUAUGGGCUGCACUGACACACCUGGCUAUAACUUGCCUCCCUGCCCAGCUUGCCCCCAGCACCCUACCACCACCAGCAACCACCUGAGAGAAUGUUACCAUGAAGUGGCACUUCCGCUUUUUGAAAACCUUACUAUCAUCCAGCAGCCUGUGAACCUAACUAGCCUGGCUACAAAGUAUGCAGAGAGAGCAAUUCAGUUUAUCAACUAUGCAAGCCAGAAUGGCCGCCCAUUCUUCCUGUACUUGGCCCUGGCCCAUAUGCACGUACCUUUGGUAAUGACAGAGCCAUCAUGCAAUCUGUCUUGUCAAGAUCCAUAUGGAGCAAACCUGAGGGAGAUGGAUGCCCUGGUGGGACAAAUAAAGGCCAAAAUCGAUAGCACUAUGAGGGAAAACACACUCCUCUGGUUCACAGGAGAUAAUGGGCCGUGGUCUGAGAAGUGCGAGUUUGCAGGAAGUGUUGGUCCAUACACUGGGAUGUGGCAAAAAAAAAGAGAUGGCAGCUCAGCCAAGCAAACAACUUGGGAAGGGGGACACCGCGUUCCCACAAUAGCCUAUUGGGCAGGGAAGAUCCCAGCAAAUGUGACGAGUCAUAUGAUGUUGAGCACUUUAGAUAUAUUCCCUACUGUGGUGUCUCUUGCAAAUGCAAGCCUCCCUCCACACAGACGGUUUGAUGGUAUGGAUAUAUCUGAGGUCCUCUUUGGGCAGUCGAACAAAGGACACGAGACAUUAUUUCAUCCCAACAGUGGAGCAGCUGGAAAAUAUGGAAACCUACAGGCUCUUCGACUGAAUCAGUACAAGGCAUUUUAUGUCACAGGUGGGGCAAAGGCCUGUGAUGGCAGCAUUGGACAGGAAGAACAUCACUAUCCACCUCUCAUUUUUAACCUACAACAUGAUAUUCAGGAACAGGAACCCUUGGACAGCAAGUCAGCUGAAUACCAUACAGUCUUGCCCAUGAUAAACCAGGGUUUGCUGGGUAUUCUUCAAGAUAUUGUGACAGACAACGUCUCUAUAGCAGAUUACUCUCACGACCCAGCAGUGAUACCAUGCUGCAACCCACAGGACUUGGUCUGCCGUUGUCCAUCAAUUUAA